AUGAUGACGAUGGUACCGCCGGUGUCUGUCCUCGACGUCGAUGCAGUCCCGGAUCGCCUGCAUACCUGCAAGAGACGGCUAUUGGAGCAGUACCACAUCGACUCCCGAUCCAUCACCCUCAACCCACUGAGCCGGGCCAACACCACCGCCGGCAGGAAUGAGGCGGCGCAGCUCAGUGACGUGGAUGCGCAGCAGCCCAUCCUGCCGACUGAAUGCAACAAGCAAACGCCCGAGUACGUGCAGGAGGUGGCCCUGGGUGCUGCUGCAGACUCGACUGUGAAUCAGCAUACCGCUGUCGCAGCCAGCCAGGACAUUGUGGACCUCUUCUUCCUCGAGGGAAGCCAGGCCGUCAACGGCUUGUGCUUCUCGCCCUACCCCACCUACGGCUGGCGCACGGCGGAGGAGCGCCGGGCUGCCAUUUAUGCAGUGUUCAAGAAGUACAAUGUGGCCACGCACCUGCCUGCCUCACCGGCUGCCCUGGCCACCGCGCAGCACCACCACAGCCAUCAUCAGCACGCCUCCAUCCACGCCAUCAACAAGAUGGCGAUCGAGACGCGGGAGCAGUACUGGCGCCGCCUGUCAAACGUGUACAUCGAGAAGGGUGUGAAGGCGGCGGCAGCCACCGCCGCUGCGACUACAACUCCGACGAACUGUACCAUCUCAGGUGUCCCUCGCCACGAGCCCGAGGACCCGUUCUACAUCAUUGACCUCGGCCGUGUCGUGGAGCAGAUGGCGCGCUGGCGCCACGAGCUGCCGAUGGUGCGGCCCUACUUCGCCGUCAAAAGUAACCCGCAACUUGCACUUCUGGAGGUGCUCGGGGCCCUCGGCUCCGGCUUUGACUGCGCGUCGAAGGGGGAAAUCCAAACGGUGCUGGACAACCACCUCGUGGCGUCGCCAGACGACAUCAUCUUUGCCAACCCAUGCAAGCAGCCUGGCGACAUGCGGGAGGCGCAGGCACGCGGCGUGACCUACGUGACGGUGGACAACCUGCUAGAGAUUGAGAAAAUCAGCCGCCUCAUGCCCUCAGCCCGCGCGGUCAUCCGAAUCAAGACAAACGACAGCAAGGCCAAGUGCGCCUUCUCCACCAAGUUCGGUGUCCCCCUUAACGAUGUUGAGAGCCUGCUGCAGGCGGCUCGCCAGUUCAAAGUCGACGUGUACGGCGUCAGCUUUCACGUCGGCAGCAGCAACAGCGACCCGGCUACGUACGUGUCCGCAGUGCGCGACGCCUACCACGUCUUCCAGCAAGCCUCCCAGUACGGCUUCAACUGUACUCUGCUUGACAUCGGCGGCGGCUUCCCGAGCGUGGAGACCAACACGGCGAGCGGCGAGGCCACUUUCGAGGACAUCGCCCGUGCGAUUCGGCCAGUGCUGGAGGAGCUCUUCGGGGGUGGUGAUGUGACCAUCAUCAGUGAGCCCGGUCGCUACUUCACGGCUUCCACGCACGCACUUCUCGUGAACGUCUUCGCCUCCCGCAAGCUGCGGAUGUCCGAUGUGGAGAAGGCGAGCUCCCAGGCCCUCCAGUCUGUCGUGCCGAUGGACGAGCCCGAGGAGUACCAGUACUACGUCAACGACGGCCUCUACCACAGCUUCAACUGUAUCAUCUUCGAUCACGCCCAUCCGACGCUUCUCCUGCUGAACGACGGCGACGGUGCUGACGCAGUGGAGGGCAACAAGGAGGAGGGCGAGACCUCGCUGAGCAGCCGCACACGCCGCCCGUUGCGCAUCACGACCAUCUUCGGACCCACCUGCGACUCGCUGGAUUGUAUCCUGAGGAAGCAGCCCUUCCCAGAGAUGAAGCUGGGCGACUGGAUUCUGGUCCCGGACAUGGGCAGCUACACCACUGCCGCCGCCGCCCCCUUCAACGGCUUCUCGACGCACCGCUUUGAAUGGGUGAGCUCUAUUGCCUUAUAG